AUGGCAAUGAGAAGGAUUGCGAACGGAUUGUGCCAAUCUGCUCGGAGGCGAGGCUUCUCAUCAGCACCGGUCAGCCAAGCUGAGGCGGUGCCAUCCAAGAGUCAGUUGCGUGCCCAUGCAUUGCAGAGCGCCGUGCCGAUGAUAGGAUUCGGUGUGGUAGACUGCGUGGUGAUGACGCAAGUUGGUUCAACCAUGGAUGCUGUACUGGGUGCUCGGCUGGGCAUCUCCUCAAUCACAGCUGCGGCCAUUGGUUUGUUUUGUAGCGAUUCUUGUGGCGUGUUGUUUGGUGGGACCAUCGAAUCGUUUGCUGGAAAGCUUGGCUUGCCCAGCGCCAAUCUAACAUCUGAACAGUUGGAAAUGCCGGAAACCAGACGUGUGGCAACUUUGGGCCGUUUAGUUGGCGUUCAGCUGGGCGUGUUGCUCGGCAGCACGACCUUGCUCCUGCAGGGCAAGCCAGAAUCCAGCAACAACAAGGGCGAGGAGACACUGUUGCCGGAGAAGUGUCUCCAAAGCACGCCAUCGCAUUUGGCAACUACCGUUUCAAUUACAAAGGCAGCAGAUGUUGUCGUGUUUUCCAAACCUGGUUGUCCAUUUUGUGAGGAAGCUGAGAACGCAUUGCUUGCCCGUGGACUUGUGUUCAACAAGGUGCCACAUGAUCUGCACCGUGCAAACUUGCAAGAACUGACUGCUUCGGCAGCCGCGCCGUCCAUUUGGAUGCACGGCAAAUAUGUGGGCAACAAGUAUGGUUCCGGAGGUUCUGUCAGCGAUCAGGAGAGCAACUCAUGA